AUGGAAGACCCGAAAUCUCUCAAGUCUGUCUUUGCCCAGGCCGAAGAGCGGCGGCUCGCUCUCGAGGGCGCCUUUGAGGUGACCGACCCAAACUACCGCGACGUCCUCUCCAACGCAAUAGACGAAUACACAGAGUGCUUGGAGCUCAUCAGCAAGCUGCGCAUGUUCAGCCCCAACGAGACGCUGGAGGACCUGUCAACGACCGACCUCCCGUACAUGCUGGUGCACUACCACCUCGCAGAGCUCAUACAAAAGGUCCCCACCACCUCGCCCGAGGGCCGCAAGACCAUCCUCGACAAGUCCCGCAACUGCUAUGAGCGUUUUCUCUACAUAAUAGACAGCUACAACCUCCUGGAGCCGCAGUACUCCAAGAUGCUGGAGACCUAUAGCGAAGAUCCAUCCUCCUUCUCCACAACACCCUCCACCGACCCGGCAGCCCGCCGCAAUUCCAAGAUCGCCAACUUCAAGGCUGAGCAGGCCCUGAAGCAGAAGCUCGCAUAUCUCAGGAGGAACCCAUCUUACGGCGACCCGGACGACGAAGACGGCCUGGGGGGAGACGAGGAGAUCGUGCGGCAGGUGCACCUCGCGCACCUCGCUCUCUGCAUCCACUUGGCAUUCCAGGCCUUGGAGUCGCUAAACCGCGAGGCGGAGAUCUUGGCCCAAGCACCCAGACCUUUACUACCCCAGACCACUACCGUCGAGGAUGACGAGCGGCGGCGGCGGGAGGAUCUCAGGCACGAGGGCUAUUCCGACAGGCUUGACAGACCGUUCAAGCGGUUGUCGAGCUUCAACGGUCCACUGUUGAGCAAGGACGGCAAGCCGACGCAGCCAUUCACCAUCGUGGGGACGAGGCAGGAUCUGGCCAAGCAAGUGUUUAGGCCAGGCCAUAACUUGCCAACCAUGAGUAUCGACGAGUACCUGGAAGAGGAGAGGCGGCGAGGGGGCAUAAUCGAGGGAGGUGGUGAGGCCAGUGGGAGGCAACCGGAGCCAGACGAGGACAAUUAUGAGAAAGGGGAUGCGGAAACUAUGAAGGCCCGGGCAUGGGACGAAUAUGUGGAGGCAAACCCGAAAGGCAGCGGCAACACUUUGAAUAGGGGAUAG